UGAAAUUUCAAUGUGACGUGAAAUAGAACCCCAUAAAAAUAUCACUUAUUUUCAUCCUAAUAGCCUAUGAAUAAUUUGCCAAACUGUUUUCGAAAAGAGAGAUCGAUGCUAUGGCAGAAGAUGCCAAAAGACAUAUUUAUUCGCCACACCCUGAAGGUUACUCUCAAGCUAAGCAAGAGCAGUACAAACAAUAUCUUCGAAAAUUGCAACAUAAUUUUAUCGAAGCGUGGAACGAAAAAUUGGAAUGUAACGCAAGCUUAGGUGAUUUUGAAAAAAUUAAAGUUUUAGGGACGGGGGCUUUUGGAGUUGUGUAUCUCACUAAAUACACAAAAACAGGAAGAUAUUAUGCAAUGAAAAUGAUGGAAAAAGAAAAAAUUGUAAAACUGAAGCAAAUUGAACACAGCUACUAUGAAAAGAAAAUACUGUGUGGACUUAACUUCCCUUUUGUCGUCUAUAUGAAAUAUUUCUUUAAAGACAACGUAUACUUGUAUUAUGUGCUUCCAUUUGUAGCAGGUGGCGAGAUGUUUACGCAUUUGAGGAAAUUAGGAAAGUUUGAUGAGAGCACUUCUAAAUUUUAUGGAGCCCAGGUAGUUUUAGCGUUGGAGUAUUUACACACGUGUGAGUUAGUAUACCGUGACUUGAAACCUGAAAACAUUCUCAUAGAACGAACUGGCUAUAUAAAAAUCACAGACUUUGGCUUUUGUAAACUUGUUCGCGGUAGAACAUGGACUCUGUGUGGAACUCCCGAAUAUCUCGCACCAGAAGUUAUUUUGAGUAAAGGGUACGGUAUGUCUGUAGAUUGGUGGUCACUUGGCAUAUUAAUAUUUGAAAUGAACGCUGGCUACCCACCGUUCUAUGCUUCCGAUCCUAUGAGAAUUUACGAAAAAAUUGUAGCAGGAAAAUAUCGAUGUCCAAGCCAUUUUACACCUGAACUUCGAGAUUUGCUGGCACACAUAUUGCAAAUAGAUAUAACAAAACGUUAUGGAAAUUUAAAAGACGGUGCUCUUGACUUUAAGAAUCACAAAUGGUUUCGAGAAAUCGAUUGGGACAGCCUUCUAAACAGUCGACUACAGGCGCCUUUUGUUCCCAAAAUACGAUCGCCUGGUGACACUUCUUACUUUGAAAAUUAUGAAGACGAAAAAAUAAAGGAGAGUCCCGUUUGUUUAUACGAAGAAGAAUUUGCUGACUUUUAA